ACCAGCGUGCAGAUCGGACGCGUAGCCAAAUUCCUCCGUGUCUCUCAUCCUCGCUUACUUGUCUGGUGUGGCACGCGCUUCAAUCAUUUUUCAACAAUAUCUAAAUACUGUGCUUGCCUUUUCAUCGAGAAAACUGCAUUUGUACCGGGAACAAUGACAGUUCAAAGCAAGUGGCGAUCUCUUACCUUCCCAACGAACGCAAAACUUAAAGAAUAAUAUUUUGAACAUUUCAUAAAUUGUUUUUAGUAGGAACUCAUCAUAACCGCAUAAUUCACCUGGAGUAACAAAAGCGAAACGAUCAACACUACUGUGCCUUUUGCCUUUCAUUCGACCGCCAAGCGAUCUCAUCAGACAGUACCAUGAGAUUAAACGCCACGUCCCACGGUCAACCACCCUGCAUUCACAUACGCCCCGGGGGAGAAUGUGUGGAGGGACUGCUCCCGGCCGUCUACGAGGCAGCUUUGGUGCAUUCGGAAACUCACCAUCACAAUCCACAUCACAGUCCACCUGACCAGAGCACUUCGGCCAUUAUCUAUGUCUCGAUCGUGGUCGUGUUCUACGUGGUGAUCAUCGCCGUCUUGGUCGGAACGACGCUGAGGCGACGAGGUCAGGUCAACGAGGAGGUCGAGGAGACGCGUCAUUUACUGCUGUACGACGAGAAGAACGACUGCGUGAUGCAGACGGCGGCCGUGCCCACGUCCAGAAUACAAGAGGCCGGACUGCUAACGGUGUAGAAGAGACGAGACGUCACUUUCUUCUUAUGUUAUGAGACGACGUCAUGUGCAAGAAGUCCGAUAUGUAAACAACAGAUCUCUUUUGGUCAGGUGGACUAAGAAAUCCUGAAUGUAUUGAGUGCAUCGUGCAAUACAAAGCAAUUCUCAAACGGGUAGGAAGGAGGGUGUUUCGAAGAGCACUUUUGGGGGGAUUUUCAGUGUCACAAAAUUUCGACGUCAUGUAAAACUGCAGCCUGCUUAACACGACUAUUCUUAGAUAUCCCAGUAGUCUUGCUGAUAAUGUAAACUCAGCCAAAACUAGUAUAAUAUUUGUUGUUAAAGAAGCAGAUGCGUUUGACAAGAGAAGUGUUCUGUGCUACAACGGAGCACUCUUACCACUUCUUCGUUCAAAUACGUUACACGAAAACAAAUGCCACGACAUUUGAAAGAAUUAUUUCACCGAAAUUCGAAAAUAAAUCAAGCGGAAAUAAAAGCCGGAAAGUGAUAAGAAAAAAUGGAUAAAUCAGAAAGGUAAAUCAUGAUAGAAGAUAAGAACUCUAAAGCUCAACAUUCUACAAAAAUAAAUAUGAAGGCGACAUGGAAAGAAGAGGAAGAAGAUAAUUAAUACAAAAUUACAAUAGAAAAGACUUGUCUUUACUUAAGUAACAGGAAAAACAGCAGAAAAGCCAUGUGUUCUUUAGGUACAGUAAACCGAAUUGAAUAAAAUCCUAAAACCAAUUUUCAUUGGGACCGAAUUUUUUGCCAUCCAUAUUCAUUGGCAGACGAUAUUUAAAACAUCCAAGGCAAUACAAACGGACAUAUUUUCGCUGAAAACAGAAUCUUUUGUUUAGAUGAAUGGUUUCAUUCCUUGCACGUGUUCAAUGAAAUUAUAUAAUUACCGACCUCCAGAGACUAAAGUAAAUCAAGACGUAUUUGGAGGCUCUGCUUGUACGUUUUUGAACUAGGUGCAUUAUAACACUCUCAUACGUAAAUAUAUACUAAGACACAUACUAUCACUAUUAUCACUUAAAAAUGGCUAGUCUUAAACUACAUUAUCGAAUGAAAAGCUCUAUUUGGAAAAGGGCAUUUCGUGAACAAACUCUUCAAAUGAUAUGGAUGUUGAAUACAGACACCAGAUGUCUCUUUUUACUUGCGAACGGUAGAGACCCGGAAGUUAUUAGGAUUUUACUAAUGGGUCAUUCCAGUACGUUCCAAUCCUUGGGGAAAGUGGACGAUAACGACAUAAGUAUAUAUUUCCUAAGGCAUUGGCUCUCAUGCUCUGGGCGGUGUUGACGCUUCAUAAGGAAUCGUGCCAUAAUCAGACACCAGACACACCCUAUAUCUCUUAAAGAUGAAGACAUAUCUUAUUUACAUAUCAAUAAAAAUUCAUACUAUCCUUUGUAUAAGGUAAUAACCCAGUGGCCACGGUAACUCCGAGACGAAUUCUAUAUGCACAUCGAAACUCAACUUCGCGACUAUCAUUAUCACAUAUCACAAAAGUUAGAUAUAUCUCUCUUACAUUUUAAAUGGUAAAGAUGACAUAAUAUAAAAACCAAGACAUGCAAAGCUUACAUAUCAGAAGUAAUAUCAAUAUAGCAAGUUAAGAUAUUUGUCAAAAUAUAGAAAUACACAAAACCGACACAUGAGACCCUUCACACUCAUUGAAGCCCAAUAGAGGGAGCAGUAGUUAGACAGUAUUGAUAGAAAUGCUGAGAUCUAUGAUUUAUGCAUAUCACUAUUAGCGUUAAGACUAUAUAUUAAAUUAGCCGUGCUUUAGAAUAUCAGUCACGUGAAAUUAAAAGUUUUAAAAACAUCACCUAAACUACUCAUUUUUUAAUUCAGACAGUGACAUAUUUUGGAAGUCCAGGUACAAAUCCCGAUAUAAGUUGUGGCACAGAUGUAAAGAAAUGAUUUUGUGCAAACAAAAAAAAUUAAUUUAAAUUCCAGAAAGUUAUUAUGUCUAUCAUAAAAGGAAUAAUUCAAUUGAAUCUACAACAAGAUAGGACAAUUUUUCGGAAUUUUGUUCAAAGUGUUUAAUAUAUAUAUUAUGAACUUUGUAAUGACGGCUUACUAAGAUAUUUUCUUUUUUUUUCAGUAAAUUUUGUUAAACUAAACUAAGAGCACCUUAAAAAAUAUCUGGUGCCAGUGGUUCUAUAACCAUGACCUCAGGUUCAUCACACUUACCAUGUACCUGGAAAACAAAUUCAUUUCUCAGCGAUCGUAUCAUUCUAGCGAGUUUCACUGAUAGCGCCAUCAUUCAUUAAGCAGAGCUACGAAUAAAGCAAGUGAGAAUGAGUACAUCCAUAGAAGAGCCAGUGAUUUUCUACCACAGGGAAUUCAAAGGGCUGAUGAACUAUACGCUCAAGAAACGUUCAUUAUCAAAAGUCACAUCUUUUGCCAUGGUAAGGUUACUGGAAGUCAAGGCUAUAUACUCCAUGAAGAACAAUGCAUUUCUGUAGAAAAUAACGGUAGGUCAUAUUAAGUGAUCGUUUGACGACCAAGAACAAACAUUUCAAAGAUGGUAGAACGACAUAGACAGUAAUGAAUUUUAUAUAUAUAGUGUAUAUAUACAUACAUACAUAUAUAUAUAUAUAAUAUAAUAUAUAUAUAUAUAUAUAUAUAUACUUCAAGGCGACAAUCCUUCAAGAAUAUACAUUAUACCCAAAGAUUCAAACCUAAAUUGAUAUGGGCACCUUGUUGAAGGUAGACAGAGGUGUUUUAAGUAACCAGACCACUUUGACUGUGGCACUGUUUUGUGCAAUUAGAGAAAUCUCGUCUCCCGGCGGCUCUCGUGAUAGUCUUGGAAAAAUAUCCGUAGAAGACGUUUGAUGAGAAAACGAUGACCAGCAGCUAUUAUAGGAUAUGCGACUGUUGUGUUAUCGAAAGAGACGAGGGUUUCAUAUCUAACACUCUAAGAACUUCAUCUUGGCCUGACUUCAUCUCUGGUAUCUUCUUUCAGACUCAGAGCAAACUUCUCGCAAUGUAUUAGCGAUGAAUUUGCCGAUAGAAGGCAGAGAGUUAACAAAUCAAUAAAGACGUACUCCUGAACCUCAUCAUCAAUUGUUGAAAACUACAUAUCGACCAAAGGCAUUGACGUGGACGAUAGAAGGCGUGUAUAAAGAUAAUACUAUGUGCUUUAAUGUGUAUUUAGUGUAUAUGAAUUUAGCACUAGGCAUAGUGAGCCUGUGUUCUGUUUUAAUGAAGAAAAUAUUUUUUCUUUAUUUGUAAAUAACUCCUGAAAUAAGAGAACAAACAACAUUUGUGAUGGCAUAGGUGAAUGACUUCAUAAUUAUUUCUGACACAGUGAGUCAGAUAUGUGUAUUUAAAUCAUUUAUAGCAAAAUAAAAGUAUUUGUAAUAGCAUAUCAUUUCCAGUAUUUAUAUUACAAACACGACUAAACGUAGAAAAGAAAUUUAGUCUAUUGUCAAAUAUUUCGUUAACACCAAUUUCAGUUAAAUUUUUGUUUCUUAAGUCACAAAUCCAUAAUUUAAAAUGACGCCCACCAAAAGAACCCCUGUUGUCGGAAGAUUCCAGACGGUUACUCUUGACCAACGUUUCUAGAAUGUUACUGCAUAUGACAAGUAUCAAUCGACGGUACCUGACUUAUGUCCGUUGUUUAGCAUGCAAAUACUCUAGAUUUCCAUUUGCAAGAAAGAUAACUGUCUGCUCGAUUCUGUACAACAGUGAGUAACAACUUCGACUGACAAAACUUAAUCAAAUAGUGACCAUUGUUCAGGUUUUGGGUUUUUUAUGUUAUAUGUAUAGUACUGAGGGAUUGUGUUUGCUACCUGCUGAUAGACAUAGUUGAGAAAUAAAACCCACACACAAAUUUUACA